AAGGUUGCUAUACCUGCAGCGUGAAGUUGACACCUGUCACUGAAACUGCUGCUGCUGCUGUAGUCAUGGCAAAUACAGUGUUCCAGUAUUCCUCGGAUGAAUUUACGCUAUGUACUCCGCCAUGGGAUGAUAAGAAGCAAUGGAAUUUGAGUAAGUUUGAUCAAAUGCUCCAGAGUAAGUGGACCCAAGCUAUGGAAGGGGGACAUUUCCGUUACACUUUGGACCAUGUUGUCACCCGUGUCAUUCCAGGCAAGAGACAUUAUGUGUCCCAGUUGAAUGUGAAGCGUGGAGUUGAGAGAAGAAAACCACAGGUGAUUGACAGCGUUAAUCAGCAGUUUAAUCCUGAUAUCUUCAACUUCACCAAGAUCAAACCAUCAGAGGUCCUCUUUGAGUUGUGUCCCACACACUGGGGUCAGAGGUCAAACGGGGUCAAGGACGUGAUAAGUAAUGGGGCCAAAGAGGAUGAGGAGCAAGCGAGAGAACGUAACCUUGUGAUCAUCAACAUCAGCCCAUUAGAAUUUUGUAAUGCGCUUUUGGUGCCAGAUGUUGAUGGCUGCACAAAUCAGGUUAUCACACCAAAGUUGUUACGACUUGCAAUAGAAAUGAUGCUGCUGAGUUCUCACCCUGGUUUCAGAAUUGGGUUUAACAGUCUGUGUGCGUAUGCCUCAGUAAAUCACCAGCAUGUGCAUGCAUACUACUGUAACUACGAGUUCUAUAUAGAGCACGCUAAAGUAAAAGAAGUGCAUGAUGGGAUGUAUGAGCUAGUUGACACUCCUGCUAGAGGCUUUGCUUUUCAGCUAGAUGAGCUUCCUAUGGAGACUUUGAUAAGGAGAAUAUAUGAAAUAACAGAAUAUUUCCAAAGACAGAAUAUUGCCCAUAAUCUAAUGUUGGUGAGAGGACCAAGAUUUGGGGAGGACAGGACCAGUAAAAACAGAACCAUCCGGUUAAACCUAUGGCCAAGGAGACCAGUUUAUGGUGCCAAAAAUGAAGACAUAUUCAAUAUAGCUGUUGCAGAGCUUGGUGGACACCUGCCAAUUAAAGUGACAAAAGGAUUUGAAAAUAUAACUGAAGAGGAAAUAGAUGGCAACCUGCAGGAGGCCUCUCUGUCACAGGAACAGUUUGAAGAGAUCAAAUGUGCUCUUAUCAAUCUAGAAACACAACAAACCUGAAUAUUUAAGCCAAAAAUAACAUAACUAUAUACAUUAUAAAUAUUUUUUUCCAAAAGAUUUAUGUAUAUGUUUUUAUUUAUUAUUAAUAUAUAACCCUUUUAUUUUCUUAAAUACGGGCAGUAAUCUCAUGUUCCAUUUUACUUAUUUAAUCUAAAUAGAUAUAUAAGUUACUAGUCAUGAGUUACUGUCUUAACUUUGGGUAUUAAAUUGUUAAUGGGUGUCAGUGCAGAUCAGGGUGAUAGUAGUAUGUGUUAUACUGUACCAGUAUAUAAUAUUAAUGUUAUCAGGGAAAGAUGUGAUCUAUACUAAAGACUAAAGCUUUAAGGAUAUCAGUGACUGUGAACUAAGCCCAUAGUUUUGGGUAAUGUACCUGUGAUAUUGAUGUAGAGCAACAAAACUAGAGAUUUGAAGGACCAAUCCUCCUUUUAGAGGAUUUCUGCCUUUCUGUAAUUUAGAAAAUUAGAGUGAUGCUGAUUUUGUAGAAAAAAGUUCAGACAAUUUGUUCAGAGGCAUUUUCCUCCUUAUUUAGCAUUCCAAGAUCUACACUUGAUCAGUCUAAAUGUUCUUUCUUUAACAAGACCAUUUAAAAACUGUUUACUAAUAAUGGAAUAAAGUGCUACUGUAGUAACCAUGAAAAUUUUGGCUUGGUGUGAGUGUUUGAAGAACACUAGUAUAAGCCAGUAUUAUAAGUAUUGCUCUGUUGUUGAUUACAGAAACGAUCAACGUGCAAUCAAGACAAUAAUUAUCAGCAUUUACUCCCGACAUAGUCUAAUUUAAACAAUUUAUGUUACUAUAGCCUGGGAAUCUUGGUCACUGCUCCUUUAUAUAAACAACCCUUC